AUGGAUGAAACGGAAUACAUAGCUUUAAUCGAGUGGCACUGCCGACAGCAUUAUUACAAUGGUAUGUUGGCUCAAAUCAAGCAAGCGCGCGACGCUUAUCCGAACAGCGAGCGGCUAAGGCUCCUGCUCUGUCUGGCAUAUGUUCUCGUUGGCAAAAGCCACGAGGCCAUCAAGGAGAGUGCCAGUUUGUUAAACUAUGCGGAUUUUAUAUUGCCUGCAUUACUCGUACAGAACAUUGCCCUGGUCGAUGGGGACAUAGAGAGGAGCACUGUAACUCAGAUGGAGAACAGAAUACGAGAUGAGCGCAGGAAAGCUUCUUGUGUCGCGUUGUAUCUCGCAGCGUCUAUGUCUUUUUCUCGUCGAGCGGACAAGGCGAAAGAAUACGUGGACAGGGCGUGCAAGCUGAAACCUAUGAAUAUCAAUGUGUUACUUGUCAAGGGAUGGCUGGAGCUUAGUUUAAAAUCCGGCGCAGAUGCAGUGGAGGCAGGAAACCUCUUUGAUUCCGUUCUGAAGGAAGAGCCGAGGAACUUGAGCGCGCUGUUAGGCUCCGCAGAAACGAAACAACGUGUCGGGGACUAUUCGGAAGCUACUCUCAUAUUAAACUCUUUGAUCGUACGUUACUCCAAGCAACCGCUGCCAUUGAUAGAGAAGAUGAAGUGUCUACUGGCGGCGAAAGAUUGGGAGCAAGUAUUAGAAAUGGUGAACCGUAUACUCUCGAUUGAAUCAAACAACUUGGAUGCUAUCAAGGCGAGCUCCGUGGUAGCUUUAUGCAGGGAUGGCAAUCCCAGCGAGGGUUUGCCGCAGUUGCAGCUGUUUCUGCGUAAUUUGCUGCUUGCUGAACCAAAGAACGUAUUUCUGUUGAUCGAGAACUUGCGACUAUUCGCUGGUAUAGCGUUCCAGGAUCACGGGAUCUUGUCAGAGCUGGCACGCAUGGCUGAGAAGAUGCUGCAAGCGACAUCGUCAAGCAACGCUGAGUUGAUGGCGGAGCUAGGCGAUCUGUAUGCUGCGCUGAAUAAUGUCAAGGACGCCGAACGCUGGUAUAAAAGCACCAUUCGCGCGGAUCCGUCUUCUUUCACAGCGCUUAUGGGAUUAGCUCAUUGUCAGUUAUUAGAGGGAUCCGCAGAGGAUCUGGACCAGGCGCGACAACAGGUGGAGAUUAUGAUGGAAAUACAACCACAUUCGAGGAAUGUACGAUUGUUGUUUAUGUCUGCAAAGAUUGCUUCUAAUGAAAAUCGCGUUAAGGCACUCGGUUAUCUGGAUACGGCGGCGAAUGUCUUGUUGAAGAGCAGCGAAGGACUUCCCUAUGGCUAUGAAUAUCUCACCGAGCUUAAACCAGAUCUGUGUCUUGAGAUUGCGAAGCAACGUUUAAUGUAUUCUUUGAAUAAAUCCCCGAUGAGCGACGAGCUGGGUAGUGCAGUCGAGAAGGAACCGAGUGUCCGUUUGUUGGAACGGCUAGUGGAGGCCUGUCCGGGAUCCAGCGUGGCUCUGCUGCUCCUCAGCAAGGCCCGAAUGCAGAGUGGAGAUUACGAAGGCGCGUUGAUUUUGCUGAGGAAAUUGUUGGAUACAGUAGAACCAUCUAAUGCACAGGCUCAUCUUACAAUGGCUCAAAUUCUGGCCUAUCAGGGCAAGUACCAGCUCGCUUCGCAAAGCUUAGAAGUUGGUCUGAGCUAUAACUUCAAGAUCCGAGACGAACCAGUCUAUCAUCUGAUCAUCGGCAUGGUGCAGCGAGAAACUGGUGAUUUGGAGAACUGUAUUAAAAGUUGCCAGACGGCCAUGUCACUGGCCGGAUUGACUGGGGGCAGCAAUAGAAAAUCCGACAUGUCCACAUCCGACCGAGCCACCUUGUAUUUAGAACUGAUUGCGGCAUAUAGCAAGGCAAAGCGUUUUACUGAGGCACUGGCAGUAAUCGACGAGGCGAAAAUAAAUCUUGCCAAUACUACUGAGCUUGGAAGAAUCACUAUUGGUACUGCCGAGGUCUAUCUAGACAUGAAAGAAUUGGAGAAUGCUAUAAGCUGCUUGCAAAAUAUUCAUCCAGGGCAACCAUAUUACUUGCAGGCACACACUAGAUUGGCUGAAAUCAAUUUAAAUUACAGGAAGGAUCGUCAGGCGUUCGCCAAAUGUUUUAGAGAAUUGGUUGAGCAUUGUCCCGGACCGAGAACGUAUAGUAUGCUGGGUAACGCUUACAUGUCCAUACAAGAACCUGAAAGAGCGAUAGAGGCAUACGAGCAAGCGCUCUCACAAAAUCCAAUUGAUAAAGUGAUUAUCGCGAACAACAUGGGUAAGGCGCUUGUCAAGGCACAUCAAUACGCAAAAGCGAUCAAUUAUUACAAGGAUAUAGUGAAACAGGAAAAUUGUGCAGCCUUAAAAUUAGAUCUGGCUAAAUUGUAUAUGAAGAUGAAACAGUAUGACAAAGCGGAAGCCACUUUGGUGCAAGAGCUGCAAAACAAGCGAGGCGAGACCGAUAUUCUAAGUUUAGAGAUGAGAGGACAAGAAUUAUUAUUACUCGCCAAGGUGCGUGAGAAAUCGGGCAACGUUAGAGGCGCAUUGGCUACUUUGAAGGAAGCCAAGGAGAAUCAGCAUCGAUAUAUCCAGCGUAUCGCCAUUUCGCCAGACGUCGCAGAUCAGAAACAUAUGUUGGCAAAUAUCUGCCUAACAAUGGCUGACUACGCGUCGACCUUACGCAAUUAUGAUGAAGCCAUCGUGUAUUACAAGGAAGCAUUGGCUCACAAACCUACCGACGUGAAUGCUCUACUCUCCUUGGCAAAGUUGUAUAUGCAGAUGAACAACUUAGACCGGUGCGCACAGAAUUGUUCUAUUUUGCUGAACGCCGAUCCUAAUAACGAGGCUGCAUCUGUGAUGAUGGCGGACCUCGCGUUUCGUAAAGUGGAUUUCGAGACCGCGGCAUUCCAUUUUCGACAAUUGUUAAUACGCCAACCUACUUAUUGGACCGCCCUGGCAAGAUUGAUAGAAGUUUCGCGCAGGACAGGUGCUAUGGAUGAUCUUGACGAAUGGUUGCAACGUGCGCAGGUCGCGAUGGGCAUCGGCAAUGUCGAGGCUGGUUUUUAUUAUUGUGCCGGAUUGCUAGAUUGGCGAACCGGCAAGCUGAACUCUGCUCUUCGCAAUUUCAAUUUCGCGCGACGCGAUCCAGAAUGGGGCCAACAAGCAAUCUAUAACAUGAUUGAGAUUUGUUUGGAUCCGGACGAUGACACUACUCUAUCAAACGAGGCCUUCAAUGACGAAGAUGCUGAAUAUCAGGAUUCGAGAACAAUGGCUUUGAGGACGGCCUAUCGAUUGCUGCAAGAAUUGAAUCCCAAGGGAAGUCCUCACGAGGAACUGACUCAUAAGCUUCUCAGCAACUUCUUUCUGUUGGCCACUAAGCAAAAAUCCAACAUCGAGAAAGUUCUGCAGGAUUGUACUGCAUUGGCUAGUCAGGAAAAUUUGAGAGAUCAUGUAGGACCUGCUCUUGGUAUGGCUACCGCACAUAUCCUGCUAAAGCAAACUCCGCGCGCCCGGAAUCAUUUAAAGCGCGUCAGUAAGAACGUUUGGACUUUUGAGGACGCCGAAUACUUGGAGCGUUGCUGGUUACUGUUGGCAGACAUCUACGUGCAAUCCAGUAAAUAUGAAUUGGCGAAUGAGCUGCUAAAACGAGUGCUGCAACAUAACGCUACCUGCGUGCGGGCUCACGAACUAUCGGGCUACAUUGCCGAGAAGGAUCAGAAUUAUCGCGAUGCGGCAGCGAGAUACGCUCAAGCCUGGAAAUGCGGCGGCAAAACGAAGCUAUCAGUUGGCUACAAGUUGGCUUACUGCUGUUUAAAGGCGAAAGCCUACGCUGACGCGAUUGACGCGUGUAACGAAGUGUUGAAACAGAAUACGGAUUAUCCAAGGAUCAGGAAAGAUAUCUUGGAAAAAUGUAUUAAUAAUCUUCGCACAUGAAUCAUCCGGAUUCGUGCAACUUGGACUAAUGUUGAUCGAUCGUUUACUUGUUACGUUAUACAUUGUAUACACAUCCGUUCUUUUAGUUACUUAAUAAAGAUAUAUAUUAUUUUAGAAC